GCUCCUGGUUUAACCUCCUUUGGGCUUUUGAUCAUCGAUCACCCCUCCGAGAUUCCAUCAACGAUGUCGAGAAUCGCGAUUCUUCCUCUUCUCCUCGUCUUCUCAACGAUUGUUCGAGCCACCACCGAAGUCCAAUACUGUGAGGAGAACGCAGAGUAUGAAGUGAAAGUGAAAGAGGUUAAUAUAUCUCCUAACCCUAUAGCUCAAGGCGAGCCAGCUACCUUUACCAUCUCUGCCACCACAGGGCGUGGGAUUACGGGUGGGAAGUUGGUGAUUGAAGUUGCAUACUUUGGAUGGCACAUUCACUCCGAGACGCAUGACCUUUGCUCUGAGACAACUUGUCCUGUUGAAACCGGAGACUUCUUGGUUGCACAUUCUCAAGUUCUUCCUGGUUACACUCCUCCUGGUUCAUACUCGCUGCAAAUGAAGAUGCUGGACGCGCAAAAGAAGGAGCUAACUUGCAUCAAAUUCUCGAUAGACAUUGGAUCCGUACCAUCUGUGGCCGACAUGUAGAGCAGCAAUUCACUUUAUUUGCCACUGUAUAAAUAGUUUCUUAGAUUUGGGUUUUCUUUUAUAGCUUCUUCAUCAGUUAUGAUGUUACUAGACCCUGGAUUGCAUAAUCUUCAUCAUAGAUAUAUAAAAUACAUGCUUAGGUGUU